UCUGAUUGUUACAUAAUUUGAAGAAUAUUUGUGAGGUGAAGAGUCAAACGUUAGACAUAAAUAGUCGGAAUACAAUAAAGAACAAGGGAGUUGAAAUCGAAGAGUGGCUUUUGUUACCGAACAUAUUUUGAAAACGGUGCUAUAGUCGUGAAUAAGUGAAAAAUUAGUCGAGGAAAUUGAACGUGUUAUUGUUCUACAUCGACAGCGUAUACAGUGGAUACAUUAUCUACGAAGGAAGAAUUAAAUUAAAUUCGAUUUUUUGUUUGUUUGUUGGUCGAAAAGGAAACGUGAAAAAAACGCCGAACAAAAAAUGAUUUAUAGAAAUGCGAUUGUGCUAGUUACACUGGCUGUUUCAACGAAUGCAUUCUGGUUCGGUAGUGAACAGAAAAUAGAGCCUCAGCCAACAGUGAAAAAUGUACCAUUGGGCUACUUCCGUGCGUUCACAUAUCAACCGAUCGCAUUCAAUCCACAAACACCCAAUCAAUUCUAUCCGUAUCCGGGUGGAAAGAUGUUACAACCGAAUCCAGUAUUCACUUAUCCAAAAACAGUACCUCCAUCAUCAGUUUACGGACAAGCUCCACCACAAAAUAUGGUUCAACCACCACCAAACACUCCGACAUCUCAAUCUGCUGUACCAACUCAAGCGACGCAGCCACAAACAGCCGCAAAUUCUCCAUCUGCAAGUCCGGCCACAUCAACUACAGGAACACAGUCUCAACCAACAUUAAAUGAUAUUCAACCACCGACCUCUGUUCCCGCUCAGUUCUCGUCGAAUCCGCAUGUUAGUACACCAAUUCGGCAGACGCCAUUUUUACCGGAACCAGUUAAUCUUCAAUACACAAUCACGAACGUUGCCCCCGUUCCACUACAACAAGUUCAAUUUGUACCAUGUAUGUGUCCUGUUGCGGUCAGUGUAAGCACUGGUAUUAACACCGGCAUGAAUCCCGAAUUAAUUGCAAACAAACGAUCUGACGACAUUCCGAUAACGGCUGAUUAUCGAGAUCCAUCAAUUGUCGAGCAGUCACUAUCGGAAGAACGUUGAUUCGAAAAGGGAGAGAGAGAGAGAUAGAGAAAAGUUAAUUUAU